AUGCGUGGUUUGCUUGUAGGCUAUGAAGAAGCUGACCAGGUCCACCACGCUACUCACCAGGAAGCCAUGAGUUGCGGAGUAGCUUUGGAGAGGCUCCCGGGCCGCUUCUACCGCAGAUGGGUGGCGACGCUGCAAGCCACAGACUGGAUUACCUCACGAUGGUUAACUAACUUAAAGAGAGUAAUAAACACCACUGUCUACACUCCAAAAACCAUUACUAAUGAUGUAUCGUAA